AUGUUCAUUUGCUUUAGGUUCUCUCUCUCUCCCACCCACCUCAGCAUCCAUUCUCUCGAUCUCAUUUCUUUACAUCCUUCUGAAAAUCUAAAGUUGUUAACUCUCCCUCCCAAUCUCCACAGGACAUCCCUGAGGAUUUUCUCCGAAUCACUAGUCAUUUUGAAGAUAAGUGGAGAGUACGAAUUCUUUUUUCUUCUUUUUUCUUCUUCUUUUUUACUUCUUCUUUUUUCUUCUUCUUUUUUCUUCCUUUUUUUUUUUUUUUUUCUUCCUUUUUCUUCCUUUUUCUUUUUUUUCUUCCUUUUUCUUUUUUUUCUUCCUUUUUCUUUUUUUUCUUCCUUUUUCUUUUUUUUCUUCCUUUUUUUUUUUUUCUUUUUUCUUUUUUCUUCUUUUUUCUUCUUUUCUCUUUCUUUUUUCUUUUCUCUUUCUUUUUUCUUUUCUCUUUCUUUUUUCUUUUCUCUUUCUUUUUUUCUUUUUUUCUUUUUUUUUUUUUUUCUUUUCUUUUUUCUUUUCUUUUCUCUUUCUUUUUUUCUUUUCUCUUUCUUUUUUUCUUUUCUCUUUCUUUUUUUCUUUUCUCUUUCUUUUUUCUUUUUUUCUUUUUUUUUUUUCUUUUUUUUUUCUUUUCUUUUUUUUUUUUCUUUUCUUUUUUUUUUUUUUUUCUUUUUCUUUUUUUUUUUCUUUUUUUUUCUUUUCUCUUUUUUUUUUCUUUUUUUUUUCUUUUUUUUUUUCUUUUUCUUUUUCUUUUUCUUUUCUUUUUUUUUUUCUCUUUUUCUUUUUUCUUCUUUCUUUUCUUUUUCUUUUUCUUUUUCUUUUUCCUUUUCUUUUCUUUUUUUUCUUUUCUUUUUUUUCUUACUGCAAAAAAAGCUUUUGAAAAGUGAGUUAAAAAAAAAACCUCUCUCUCUCUCUCUCCCGCGUCGACCUCUCUCUCUCUCUCCCGCGUCGACCUCUCUCUCUCUCCCGCGUCUCUCUCUCCCGCGUCGACCUUUCUCUCUCUCCCGCGUCGACCUCUCUCUCUCUCUCUCCCGCGUCGACCUCUCUCUCUCUCUCCCGCGUCGACCUUUCUCUCUCUCUCUCCCGCGUCGACCUUUCUCUCUCUCUCUCUCCCGCGUCGACCUCUCUCUCUCUUCGACCUCUCUCUCUCUCUCCCGCGUCGACCUCUCUCUCUCUCCCGUCGACCUCUCUCUCUCUCUCUCUCUCACUCUCUCGUUUACCUUUCUCUCUCUCUCUCUCGUUUACCUUUCUCUCUCUCUCUCUCUCGUUUACCUUUCUCUCUCUCUCUCGUUUACCUUUCUCUCUCUCUCUCGUUUACCUUUCUCUCUCUCUCUCUCUCGUUUACUUUCUCUCUCUCUCUCUCUCGUUUACCUGUCUCUCUCUCUCUCUCGUUUACCUUUUUCUCUCUCUCUCUCUCGUUUACCUUUUCUCUCUCUCUCUCUCGUUUACCUCUCUCUCUCUUCUCUCUCUCUCUCUCUCUCUCUCGUUUACCUUUCUCUCUCUCUCUCUCUCUCUUUCUUUCUCUCUCUCUCGUUUCUCUCUCUCUCUUUUACCUUUCUCUCUCUCUCUCUCGUUUUUACCUUUCUCUCUCUCUCGUUUACCUUUCUCUCUCUCUCUCGUUUACCUUUCUCUCUCUCUCUCGUUUACCUUUCUCUCUCUCUCUCGUUUACCUUUCUCUCUCUCUCUCUUUUUCUCUCUUUUCUCUCUCUCUCUCUUUUACCUCUUCUCUCUCUCCUUUUCUGCUAUUCAUCAUAUUCAGCAGGAUCUAAGUUUACCUUUUCUCUCUCUCUGUUUACCUUUCUCUCUCAUCUAAUCCGACGUCUCAGUUCAAAUCCUUCCUUUAGUUUCUUUCAAAUUAUUCACGAUGGCGGGCGACCGAAUAAUCAUUGUUCAUUUUUUUUUUUGAUUGGCGGGCGACACGAAUUAAAAUUUGUGCGCAAGAUGGCGGGCGACUUUAAUCUAUAUCUGCCCAUUUUGCGCUUUUCUUCGGGCGACCCUUACUUGUAUUGCCCUGUGCGCAAGAUGGCGGGCGACACGAAUCUGUUGCCCUGUGCGCAAGAUGGCGGGCGACACGAAUCUGUUGCCCUGUGCGCAAGAUGGCGGGCGACACGAAUCUGUUGCCCUGUGCGCAAGAUGGCGGGCGACACGAAUCUGUUGCCCUGUGCGCAAGAUGGCGGGCGACACGAAUCUGUUGCCCUGUGCGCAAGAUGGCGGGCGACACGAAUCUGUUGCCCUGUGCGCAAGAUGGCGGGCGACACGAAUCUGUUGCCCUGUGCGCAAGAUGGCGGGCGACACGAAUCUGUUGCCCUGUGCGCAAGAUGGCGGGCGACACGAAUCUGUUGCCCUGUGCGCAAGAUGGCGGGCGACACGAAUCUGUUGCCCUGUGCGCAAGAUGGCGGGCGACACGAAUCUGUUGCCCUGUGCGCAAGAUGGCGGGCGACACGAAUCUGUUGCCCUGUGCGCAAGAUGGCGGGCGACACGAAUCUGUUGCCCUGUGCGCAAGAUGGCGGGCGACACGAAUCUGUUGCCCUGUGCGCAAGAUGGCGGGCGACACGAAUCUGUUGCCCUGUGCGCAAGAUGGCGGGCGACACGAAUCUGUUAACAGGAUUUGUUUCUUCAUUUCUAUUCAUUUGCUCAAGCCGAUACGACAUCAUCUUCUUCCCUGUUUUUUUUUUCUGUUCUUUCUCUCCAUUUCUUUUUUCUCUUCCCAUUGUUUUCUUCCUUUCUUUUCUGUUUCUCUCUCAUAUAAUCACUUUUCUCUCUUCUCUCAACACUGCUCCCUCCAUUUUGUCUAUAGAGCUGCAAAAAUCACCAUUAUAUCUUCCCUCCCUUCACUGGCUUCCGGGGCAUUUUGUGACAAGGGACUUCCUUUAUAUUCGCUUUUUUUAUUUUAUCAAUCGUCCGUUCCGCUCUUCCAGCCGUCGUUCGUUUCGUUCGUUUUCAAUUCCUCUAACAGACCUGCCUUCUGUUCCACUCUCCUUCCUUUUAGCUCUUCCACCUGUCAUUCGUUCCGCUCUUUUCCCGUUUUCUGUUCCUCCUCCGCUCCGGCUCUCUUUUUCCUGUCUUCCGUCCGCUCCUUUCCGCUCCUUCCGUCCGCCCGGCUCUCUUUCCGUUCCUCUCUUCCGUCCGCCCGGCUCUCUUUCCGUUCCUCUCUUCCGUCCGCCCGGCUCUCUUUCCGUUCCUCUCUUCCGUCCGCCCGGCUCUCUUUCCGUUCCUCUCUUCCGUCCGCCCGGCUCUUCGUUUCUCUCUUCCGUCCGUCCGGCUCUCUUUCCGUUCCUCUCUUUCGUCCGUCCGUCCGGCUCUCUUUCCGUUCUCUCUUUUCCGUUCCGUCCGUCCGGCUCUCUUUCCGUCCGUCCGCCCGGCUCUCUUCCGUCCGUCCGGCUCUCUUUCGUACGUCCGGUUCUUUCGUCGUCCUUCCGUCUCUUUCGUACGCUCUCUUUCGUACGUCCGGCUCUUUCCGUUCCUCUCUUCCUUCCGCCCGGCUCUCUUUCCGUUCCUCUCUUUCCGUUCCGUUCUCUCUUCCGUCCGGCUCUCUUUCCGUUCCUCUCUUUCGUCCGUCCGGCUCUCUUUCCGUUCCUCUCUUCCGUCCGUCCGGCUCUCUUUCCGUUCCUCUCUUCCGUCCGUCCGGCUCUCUUUUUUUCUCUUCCGUCCGUCCGCUUUCGUCUUCUCCUUCCGUUCUUGUCUUCUGUUCCGUUCCUCUUCCGUCCGUCACGGUCCUCCGGCUCUUCUUCCUUCUUCUCUUCCGCUCGCUUCCCUUCGUCUCUUCUGUUCCGCUCUUCCCCCUCAUCUUCCAUUCUUCCCGGCUCGUCUUCCGUCGCUCGUCGUCAUGUCUCCUUCCGUCUUCUCUUCUCUGCUUCACAGAUUUCUUGCUUUACUUAUUUUCCUUACCUCUCAUCUCUAUUCAAUAAUAUAUUUUAUCAAUUUCAAAUUCCCCAUUUUAUUUUCCUUAUUUUCAUUUCACCUUUUUCUCUUUCUAGAUGCAACAUUUGUUCUUCCACAACUACAAAGAAGAGAAAGGCUCCUUUACCUACAGCCUGA